AUGGCUGAGCCGACGCAGGUUCAGACAGCGCCUACUGGCUCCCCCAGAGAGAUCAAGCAGGAGCAUGAACAUGAGCCGACGGGCCUCGAGGCCCUCGACUUUAGCAUUCUCGCCGAGCUCGCGUCGAAGCGCCCAUUCGAGCAUGUAGCCCAAGAUCAUCACGAUGAGCGUGAGCAAGAGGCCAAGAGGCCCAAAACAGAGAACCCUACCACAGAAGAAGAGACGUCUCUCGAAGAUGGACUGGCGCUGCUGGUGCAGAAUGCGCUGUCCAAUGUCGGCGACCUGGUUAGCAAGUUCAAUAUCGAGACCGGCGAUGCGCAUGGCAGCGAUCCCAUGGACGUCGAUGACGCGCAUGGCGCCGAUGCUCGCCCGGCUCCCGUGUCCUUCUUGUCGGAGCCGGAGAAGUACGUGCGCAUUGCCAACACGCAUGCGCUAGGGAACCUUCAGCCCAUUGAUGACAUGUCGAAGCUGGCCGGAGACGCAGACUCGGGAUAUGGGCGCUCAUACGGACGACUAAAACGAUCAUUCGAUGCGACGUGGCAGCUCUUCUCAGAUAAUCAGGUGCUGUCUGCCGAUGAGCUAGAGAUACAAGAGGCGGAAGCCCGCACCCUGUUGGAGUUGGCCAACAUUGCGAAAUUUGGGACGUGGCUGGUCGAAGGUGGCCUGGACUCUUUUACCGCCGCCGAUGGGCAUUUCGCAGCCGUUUUCCGAUGUCAGCUGUCGGACCUGUCUGCUGGGCUCUCCCAGCUUUACCUCGGCAUCAAAACCCACAAGACAAUCGAGUCGCUUCUAAUACGAAACGGAGAUGGGCCAUCAAUAGAAGAGGUGGUGCAAACGAUCAUGUUGGAAGGGCUGAAUGAGCCGACAGAUGCGACUAGCGAGCCGAUAUCAGCCUCUCAACAAGAACUGUUGGCUGCGGUCAAAUCUCGAAGGGACGUUCUUGUUGAUGAGGUGAAGAUAAAGGAGCCAGCCGCUCUAAGAGAGAAAUUUCCUACCGGUGAUGUUUUGAAGAGUUUUUCAGCACAUGUUAGGACAACACUCGCUUCCAUGACGGAGAUUGGAGAGAAAUUGGGCGUCUCGGCGCUAUUGAGCGACGUUGCUAAUCAAGAGUCAAUACCGAGUCACUCAGGUGAUGGAGAAUUAGACCUCGACGACCUUUCUUCAUUCUUUGAGAAAACAACCUCGGGCCUGGUGCAGAAUGCUUUGGCUGGCUUGACGGAAGAAACACCAACAGAGGAACCGGCCGUGGUUGAAAUCACCGAGGCACCAGUAGAGACUGUCAAUGGCGAGCCAAAGGCAGAAGCAACGGCCCCAGUAGCAGCUCAAACUAACGGGGCCAAGCUGGAUCUCAUCUCAGACUACAAGGAACUGGAGGCACUGGUUGCGGAAAGCACGUCGAAUUAUGUCAAAACGACGCUGCACGGCCUUUCUGCCGUUCCCUACCAACCUACAGUCCCCCAGAGCACAGCCGAGACCAUGGCUGCGCAGUCACCCUAUCUGAGCCAUCUUCAUCAACACCAAUCCCAUCACCCAUACUACACCUCAUACACGACCCAGCCAGCUCCAGAGCAGCAGCCUCCUCAACCUACGGGAUCCUCCGACAACCUCCCACCAAACCAGACAUUCCCCAGUGCCAUUCUUUACGACAAAGCUCGCCAAGCAGCGCUGUCCAAAUCAUCGGCACAUACGCGGAGAGAAGGACUACACUCCACCCGACGGCCUUGGACUCAGGAGGAGGAAAAGGCGCUUAUGGCUGGCCUCGACAUGGUCAAGGGCCCCCACUGGAGCCAGAUUCUGACCCUAUUUGGUCAGAACGGAACCAUUUCCGACAUUCUGAAGGACAGGACACAAGUGCAGCUCAAGGACAAGGCAAGAAACCUGAAGCUAUUCUUCUUAAAGACCAACUCAGAAAUGCCAUAUUACCUGCAAGCUGUUACAGGAGAACUCAAGACUCGAGCUCCUACCCAAGCUGCCAGGAAGGAAGCCGAGGAGAGAGCGCGAAUGAACUCUGAGGAAGAACAAGCCAAGCUGCAGGGAAUCAUGGCAUUGGCUGGAGGAUUACAGCACCCGCCACAACAACAGCAGCAGCAGCAGCAGCAGCAGCAGCGACAACAGCUCCAUCAUCAAGCCAGACCACCGGUUACAGUGGCUGCAGCAGUAGGCCAGAGUGUGGUAACACCAGCUCAGGCAGCCAGCGCAGCGCAGUCGGCAUCUUCGGUGCAGCAGCAGCAACAGCAUGCGUCACAUCUUCACCACACGCCGACAGCAUCAAUGGCGAGCACACAACAGGCCAACGUGACACCCAUUUCGCGCGGCGGCAUGAUUCUGCCCAACACAGCACAGAUCAAACCCGAAAGCCAGAUGGCAGCAGUGCAGCAAGCCUCACAGCCAGUCCCGCUGGCACCUCAACGACCACAGACUCAGCUCCCUCCCCAGGUUCCCAGACCUCAGUCCCAGCCGCAGCCGCAAUUGCAGAUGCAGCAACACUCGCCGCUCCAACAGCAACAACAGCAACACCCUCAGCCCCAGACCCAAGUCCAGACGCAUGCUCAAGCUCUGGCGCAGGUCCAGGCACAUACACAGAUGCCUGCACCGGCUCAGGCUCAGGCGCAAGUACACCAUCAACAGGUCCAACCCUCGCAACAGCCACUACAGCAACAAUACCACCAACAACCGCAGCAAUCACCCCAUAUCCAACCGUCACACUCGCCAGCUCUCGGACAACAUCAUCAAACCCCAAGCCAGCCUGGGACGCCGAUCGUCUCCACACAGCUCCAAAACGGAACGGCAACUCAUUCUUCACCUACCCCAACAAUCCCCUCCACACCCACACCAUCUCACCUCUCACAACACAUACCGACACCCAUUCAGGCUUCGCCCGCUCCAGCUUACUCGCCUCAGCCUCAGCAGCCAUCUAUCCCUGCGCAAACAGAACUGCAUAAGCUCGUGUCUGCGCCGGAGGCGACGAUGUCUCAGGCGGUAGUACAAGACGACGAGGCGGCAGCAGAGGCCGCCUUGUUGGAAGGCUUGCAAGCUGCUGUUGCACAAGCGCUAGCUUCAUAG